CACCCCCUGGCCCUGACCCGGGCUUCGAGGUGACGAGAGAAAUCUACGAGGAGGACCGGCGCCGGAAGGUGGAGCGCGUGAAGAGAGUCCUGCAGUCCGUAGUGGGCGAGGAACAGGCCGCCAGUGCAGCUCCGACUUCAACAGCCUCAACCGGCCUGUUCACUGCACCGACCAAGCCUCUUCCCUCCAAACUAGACACUGGGGCAACUCUGACUAGGCAGAGUGCAGGUCUACUGAUGUCAGCCUCCAACCCAGCUCUUUCUCUUAAUGCUUCGGGUCUUGAUCUUGCGACAAGUUUAAAACCCAAACCUGCAGGUGGCAUCUCAUCCGCUGCUUCCAGUUUGCUGACACCAGCAGUAUCUUCAGCAUCUGCAGCUGUAAGCACAGCCGGACUCGCCUCCACUGUGUUAGGAAAACCGACAGAAACAGUCAAACCUCAAAGUAGCCUCCUGCUCAACACUACUUCUACAGCUCCCACUAUACUACCCACAGCAGCACCAUUGACAAUAGGGAAUUCUAUUACAGCUGCAGGAAAACCUGCAGCAACGACUGCAGCCGCAACCAACUUUGCUGCAGCAGCUCAACCUACGGGCACGGCUUCGUUUAGUUUUGGCAAUCCCGCGGCUACAAACAAGGCUACGCUGGCACAGGCAGCCACAGUGUCCGUGCCAACCACGGCACCGCCACCCUACAACUUUGGUUCCAUCACACAGGGAACAGCAACCUCCACAGCAGCGACCACCAGUGGAGCGUUGCCGUCCGCUCCAAUCGUUUCCACAGGCACUAGCAUCAACAUCUCAGCAGCCUCGGGAUCAAAGCCGGAUACUGGUGGACAAAAGACAGCCUUCCCUUCCAUCUUCGGUCCUCCUGCAAGCAGCACUGCGUCUGUACCAUCCACGAAUGCUUCAACCUCCCAGCUUAGCUCCGCAGGAAUAUUCAGCUUUGGAAACCCAAGUUCUGCUGUUAACUCAAAGCGAGAGGCAAGCACCACGAGCUCCACUACAGGAGGGAUCAAUGCAGGGUCUUUGUCUGGUCCCUCUACAGGUGGUUUUUCAUUCAGUGCAAAUACAGGUGCAACGUCCCAAGCAGCUUCAACAAAGGGCACUGCUUUCAGCUUCACAACUGGGGCAACGUCGACGUCAGGAUUUGGAACUGGAAUAAGUACGACAGGAGGUUUGAACGUGGCGACAACACAAGCCAACAGCAAUCCCACACAGACUGGUUUGUUUGCAUUUGGUGGUGCGCCAAGCUCUAGUACAGCCAAACCAGCUGCACCUAGCAGUGCAGGGUUCAGCUUUGGAAGCACACAGCCAGCAACCACGUCAGCAACUACGUUAGCUGCGGGUUUCUCCUUCAGUGCAGCUACAAGUUCUGCACCUGCUGCAACUUCAACUGGCACAGGAAUUUUCAAUUUGUCUGGGAAGACCACCACCCAAUCAUCUUUGCCAGCAUUUGGACAGGCGGCCACUACAGCCGCUCCUGCGUUUGGACAGACCACGACUGGCACAGCUUCAUUUGGACAGCCAGCGACGACAACAGCAGCUGGUUCAGCUGGCUUCUCAUUCGGACAGGCCACAAAACCAUCUGCAACCGCCACGCCAUUUAGCUUCGGUGCUGCUCCCAAACCCGCAGCCACAACAUCAUCUGGGCUUGGGUUUGGCUCCACCAUGUCAGCAACAACAACAGCUGGCUUUUCUUUUAGCGCAACAACAACUACAACCGCAGCGACAGGCAGUACACUGAACGCCUUUGGAGCUACAAAAACGAGCAGUACAAGCAACGGGCCUUUUGGCGGAAGCCAAGCAACGCCAUUCCAGUUUGGAACAGCAAGCACGCAGGCGUCCUCAACGUUCUCAUUUGGACCGAAAACAGACAGUAGUACGCCGGCAUUUGGCACAAGUACAACGACGGCUGCCCCAGCUUUUGGUGCAAGUACAACGGCGGCCCCAGCAUUCGGCGCAAGCACUACAACAGCUCCAGCUUUUGGCGCAAGUACCACAACAGCUCCAGCAUUCGGUGGAAGCACAGCACCAGCAUUUGGAGCCAGUACCAGUACUACACCAGCAUUUGGCAGCACAAGCCAACCGGCUGCUCCUGCUUUUGGUGCGUCUUCUUCCACGCAAAACCCCUUUGGAGCAACUCAGAAUUCAUUCGGCGGCACUCAAAAUGCCUUUGGAACCUCCCCGGCGAAUUCGGCUCCUGUUGGAAUGACAACACAGCCAGCAUUUGGACAAUCAAGCACAGGGACCUUCGGUACAGCUGCCACAGGUACUCCAACCUUUGGAGCACCUUCGACGCAGAACGCAUUUGGAGCCACGGCCGCGACAAACGCCUUUGGGACAUCAUCUGGAUUCGGUGCACCAGCGACAACGACAGCAUCUACAGCAGGGUUUAAUUUCGGACCUGCAGCACAGCCUAGUGGGUUUGGUACCCCCCAACAGUCGUCGGGAGUUUUCAAAUUUGGGCAGACGAACACACCAGAGAAGCCUGCCUUUGUAGCCCAACCUCCUGGAACACCUACACCUUCAUUCAACUUUGCAGCAGGUACCCCAGCUGGCACCCCCACGUUUGGUACCCCCGCCCAGCCCAACUUCGGCGCCUUCACCCCCGGUACGCCGGGAACACCAGGCGGCUUCUCCAUCGGAUCUGCGCAGUCCUCCGCAGUGACGGGAUCACGGACCAGGGACCGCCUGAGGGCCAAACGCAGAGGAAACAAGAGAUAGACGUAACACGUGAUUGGACAACGUACCUGCAUCCGCAGGUACAUGUAGCUAUUACUUCUACACCAAUACUCCUCUUUGUACAUUAUGCUUAUGUUGCAAGAUAGCCAUUUAUUGCAGUAACCAUUGAAUUGCUUAUCAUGAAUAGGAACUGCAAUGAUUAGUUAACUGCAGAUGAAUAUGUGAUUCUACUGCAUCACUUUUUGUGGCUGCAAGCUAAAAGAAAUCGCAGUGUCAUGCUUUUUGCUAAUUUUCCAUUUCAGCUUGGUUUGGUAGACACAGCAAUACUGAUUUAUACACCAUAAGACUGGUACUAGGGGUGAUUCCUUGGACUUUAAAAAACUGAUGAAAGGUUCUGCCAUAGUAGGUAAAAGGCAGUGUUGAAAAGAACCAAUAAUUAAGGAUAAUCAUGUUCCAUCAGCAAAGACUGAGAAAAACAUACAAAGCUGAAAGUUUAAGAACUUUUGGUAGAAUGGUAUUGACAUCUAGAAUAGUAUUCACAUCUUAGAAAAUGUCCCUUGUUGCGAGUCCUUGUAGCCUCUAUUUUAUUCAAUUACUUUUCAUUAAAUACUUCAGUGACUAAUUUGUUACUACAUACUAGGCAUGCAAGACUGCAAUGGCAUCUUAUCGGGUAACAAACAACUCUGAAAUUUUUCUUGUUUCUAGGCUUUGGUAAAAUAUGAGUACAGACAACAUUUAAGAUCAGGUCAGGACAUAUACAGCUGAUAUAUCACAUAUUUGUUGUUCUUCAUAUUUUUAAGUUUUUUGGGGGGAAUUAGACAUAAUGGAAAUAUGCCAGAUUCCCAAUAUUUUGAAAGAAAAGUCUCUUGUAGACUCUUGUAAUAUUAUGCUGAACUGGCCUGCUACGUGAACAAGGGACAUCCUGUUAAAUAUAAUUUUGUUCAAUGCAUAUUGAAAAGUUGACAUCUAUUGUAUGCCCACACUACUAUCCUGCCUAUAGUAUAGGUGUCUACAGUGGCAGGAAAAAGUUUGCAAUAUUUUAUAUGUAAUUCUGCCAUUGAUGUAACAUGUUAACAUGAACCUAGAGAGGGUGAGGCCAAAUAACAAGAAAAAAGUGCCUUUAAUGAUAGGUAUGAUUCAUAAUACGUAUCUGAUUAAGCUCCUGUCUGGACAUGAUGCUCAAUCAACAAAUUUUCUCCAAAAAGAAAGAAUGUAAAGAUAAACCUGUUUUUAAGGUGUACUCCAGGCUGCACCCCUGUCUAGGUUUUAGUUUGGGUUGUGCCAUGUGUAGUACUAGUAGUAGGGUGCCCAUUGUUGGUACUGUGGUUGGUUGAUAACACAGUUGCCAUGUAAGGCUGAUUGAUCAAUUGAUUAACACUGUUUAAGGUUAGGUAUCGUUAGUUUGUGGGUGUUUUUAUGUAACGCGAUUUAAGAUAGCAAACUGUGUUUGGAGGGUGAUGUACAUACUUCUAUCUUAAUGGGCAAAUUUUCUUGCCAUCGAAUGUGUGAGUGCGGACAAGUUUGCGAGUUUGAAUGAAAUUCUGCAUGUUUUUUCCUGACUGCAUGGAUACAGUCUGAGGGGGGCUAGGCUGUCCACCAGUGUGUAGGGUCAGGGUUGUUGACAUUUUGGUUGUGGAGUCAAGAUAGAAUUGUCUGUUUCAGGUUCAUAUCCAUGAAAUAUUUGCUGCAGUUUUACUUUUUUUAUUGCCUCAUCACCGUAAAACUAUUACACUCACAAGGUGAACUUUAAACACAGGAAAAAUCCCCA